UUAAAGGAGGUUUUGAACAGGCAAGCGAGAAUUUUCUUUAAAUAACAAAAUAUGUACAUUUUCUAUCAACUGUAUUACUAUAUCUUAACGAUUUUUUUUAAAAAAGGUGUACAUUGUCGGAACUACAUGUGGAUACGUGUCACCUUGAAUUCUGCCUGCCCUGAACACAGAUGGCCCUGAAUGACUGAACGUCGUUCGCGGCUGAACGGACCAAUCGCAAACUGAUGCCUCAGGAUCCUUGUAACUGUCCGUCGUCGCCAGUAACUUCACGUUGACGUUUCCUUAUGUCUGGACAUUUUUCGACAGCCGUCUUUUCUUUUAACGUCGACUUUUAAUAUGGGAGUAAUACUGCGCAACCUCCAGAAGGUGGUGCCCCUUCGCCGCGCCAGGCUGCGUAAAGAUGUGGACACUCUGAGACACAUACUAGGCAUCCAGAAAUUUGACUUGGGCGUCAUCUGCGUGGACAACCAGAGGAUCCAGCAAAUUAAUAGCAUUUACAGAAAGAAAAAUCUCCCGACGGAUGUCCUCUCAUUUCCAUUCUACGAGGACCUGAGACCUGGUAAGCUGCCUUGCCCCCUUCACAGAGAUGAGCUGAACCUGGGGGACAUUUUCCUUGGGGUCGAGUUUGUAAUGAACCAGUGUCGUGAAGAAUCCCUAGAUCUACAUGGUGCUCUUACUGUUGUCACAGCACACGGCAUCUGUCACCUGUUGGGCUACAGACAUGAGACAGAGGAAGAAUGGACUGAGAUGCUGCAGAGAGAAAGCUACAUUCUAAGCGAGUACAACAGACUUACAGGUCGACAUCUGGAGCCACUGAUGAAGAGAUGCAGUCAAGACAGGUGAUACUGACUGCCACCUGCUGACUACUUCAGUGUUCUAAAAGCUUGAUGUUGCCUGUACACCGUCCCAGUGGACAACUGUUUUUCUCACUAUCAUGAUUCCUGAAUAUAAGGACACUAACUGCUGUCUUCACAAUCAGCAUUUGCUGCCACGGUUUUUCAGGACUUCAGUGACCUGGCAGCAAACGUACAGCACUUUGACUGUGGAUAAUGGUCUGAAACACUGGAAGUGAGUGCUGUUGAAGGUUUGACACGUCAAAUUAAAAAAAUAAAUAAAUAAA